AUGUCUUCGGCCGUAGCAGAGCUGGAGAGCUAUCUCCAAUCCAUGCUGGCGUUGAAGCCUCCUGGUGUAUCUGGUUCAAAGAUUCAAGGAAUCACCACUCUUUGCACCGCGAAUGUUCAGAAUGAAUCCGUUCUCAUCCAAAAGAUCUACACUCACUUCAAGAAGGCACCGGGCACCCACAAGCUGGGAGUACUCUAUGUCGUAGACUCUGUAACCCGACAGUGGGUAGAAGCUGCACGCAAGGCUGGUCAACCUCCCGGGUCUUCGGCCCCCGAUGGAACCUUCGCCGCAGGCGUCAACCGAGUCACCGAAUUACUUCCUGUUCUGAUGGGAGACAUCAUAAACAACGCCCCGCAAGACCAAAAGGACAAGAUUCGAAAGCUGAUUGACAUUUGGGAUCGUGGAUACACUUUCCCAGCUCCUAUGCUUGCUUCGUUCCGUGAGAAACUGAAUGCUCCCCAAAACGUUGAAUCGACCACCCCUGAAGGAUCACCCGCUCCGGGCUUUAACCUUAUGGGAACUGCACCCCUCGCUCCAGCCAACAAUGGCUCCGCCGCCGCUGCGCAAGAUACCUCAAGUAUCCUGAAAGCCUUGGCAGAUAUGGCUAAGCAGAGCACUGCGGCUCCAAAUGCCCCCGCCCCGGCUGCAGCUCCAGUUAACCCUCUGGCUGCCUUGAACCCACCCGCUGCGUACGCCGCUGCAGGAGCUAUGAACCCCUUCGCUGCCUUGACCGGUGCUCUCGGUCAGAACCCUGCCAUGGGUCAGCCUCAGAGUCAAAGCCAGACCCCCAACCCCAUGGCUGCUGCUCAGAACCCUCUGGCAGCGAUGAUGCCUCAAGCCGCGCCCGCUUUACCCGAUGGUGGAGCCAUGGCUCAGCAGUGGCAGCUGUUGCAAAUGCUCGCCGCACAGGGCAUUCCCCAGGAACAAUGGGCCGCGGCUCUUCAAAUCUUCAGCAUGACCAACGGCAUGGGUGCCAACCCCGCUCAGCUCCCUGGCUUCAAUGCCAUGCCCGGCAUGCCCAACGCUUGGGGUCACCAAGAACAGAACCGUGAUGACCGUGACCGCGACUACAACCGUUCUCCUGGUGGUUACCGCCGUCGUUCCCGCUCUCCUGGUGCCACCUGGGGAGAUCGUCGUCGCACUGCCUCUCCUCCUCGUCGCCGUGAGAGCCCUGUCUAUGGUGAAUACCAUGCUGAUUCCCCUGGCCGUCGUGGUGAUGCUCGUGGUCGCCGACCCAAUGAAUACCGUCAGCGCAGCCCGCCUGGACGCAGACGCCGCUCGCCUUCGCCUCCUCAGAAGGACCCCAACCUCCCUCCUCCUGGACCCAAGCUUAUUGAGUGGGAUUACUCCAUUGGCCAGGGUAACAUUAAAGUUCUGAGCCGAACCCUCUUCGUUGGUGGUGUUACCUCAUCCGAGGCCAAUCUGCGUGCUCUGUUCGGCAAGUUCGGUCUCGUUCAGACCUGUAUCGUCAACAUCGACAAGCGUCAUGCUUUUAUCAAGAUGAUCAGUCGCCAGGAUGCGAUCAGCGCACGUGAUGGAAUGGAGUCAUACCGGGUCAAUGAGAUGCAGUUGCGCACUCGAUGGGGUGUUGGAUUCGGUCCUCGUGACUGCAGCGACUACCAGACUGGUAUCAGCAUCAUUCCUAUUGAACGUUUGACCGAGGCCGAUCGUAAGUGGAUGCUUACUGCCGAGUAUGGUGGUACUGGUGGUCACUCUAUUGAGUCUGGUAUGGUGGUUGAGGAACCUGACAUUGAAAUCGGUGCCGGUGUAUCCUCCAAGGCUAUCAGUCGCCGCAUCGCUACCGAUACUGGCGGCAAACGUGGCCCUAUCUCCACUCGCACUGGUCAGCCUGAGCAGCCGCAGCAGCGAUUUGGUGGUGGUGGUGGUGGUCGCCGUCAUGAGCGUGGUGAUGGCUACGGUGGUCCUCAUAACGCCGGUCCUCCCCAGGGCGAUCGCAAUGACAUGAGUAACAUGAACAACCCUGCCGUCCCCCUGCCGUUCCCGCAUACGGUUUCAGCUUUGCCAACAUCCCCAUGCUCCCUCCUGGUUUCAUGA